GGUAGCCAAUGGGAGAGCGAUAUCCCCGACCUUUGACCAAUGGAGGCCGAGGUGGGCGUGGCCUGGCUGCCAGGCCUUAGAUGUGGGAGCCGCCGGGCAGUCGCUGGCCGGCGAACUUGGAGCUGGUGGAAGGUUGACCAUGUGGAUCCUGGUAAGCUGGGUGGCCUUUGUGGCAGAGCUGGUGGCGGCUACACAGUGCCCAGAUGGGCAGCACUGCCCCGUGGCCUGCUGCCUAGAAUCAGGAAGCACCCGCUACAGUUGCUGCAAUCCAGUUUUGGACACAGUGUCCCCAGUACUGAGUGGGCAGCUAGGCAGACAAUGCGGGACUGGUGGCCACUGCACCGUGGGUUCCUCCUGUGUUCUCACCGCGUUGGGGACCUCCAAAUGCUGCCCAUUUCCUGAGGCUGUGGCCUGUGCAAACAGUCAGCACUGCUGCCCGCGGGGCUUCCACUGCAGCGCCGAUGGCCGCUCAUGUUUCCGGAACCCAGGUUCCAGCCUCCUAAGCACCGCCAUCCAGUGCCCGGACAGCCAGGUCGAGUGCCCCGAGUCUUCCACAUGCUGCCCUAUGCCAGAUGGUUCUUGGGGGUGCUGCCCCAUGCCCCAGGCUCUGUGCUGUGAAGAUAAGGUGCACUGUUGUCCCCAUGGCACCACCUGUGACCUCACUCACGGCCACUGCGUGGCGCACACAGGCCCUCAGCCCCUGGCAGUGAAGACCCCCGCCCAGAGGAUCAGGGCAGGUGAUGUCAUUUGUCCGGAUGGUCGGUCCCAGUGUCCUGAAGAUUUUACCUGCUGUCAGCUGCCUAACGGGACGUAUAGCUGUUGCCCGAUGAUCAAUGCCACCUUCUGUCCCGACUACAUUCAUUGCUGCCCUGAGAACACCACCUGCGACCUGGUCCACCUUACAUGCUCCUCCCAGGACAAGGCCACAGACCUGCUCACCAAGCUCCCGGCACACACAGUGCGGGAUGUGAAGUGUGACAGCGAGGUCAGCUGCCCAGAUGACUAUACUUGCUGCCGCCUCCAGUCGGGCGCCUGGGGCUGCUGCCCCUUUAUCCAGGCCGUGUGCUGUGACGACCGAGUGCACUGCUGCCCGAUGGGGUACCAAUGUGACACCGAGAAGGGGGUAUGUGAGCAGGCACUCCGUCAGGUGCCCUGGAUGGAGAAGGUCCCAGCCCAGCCCAGCGAGUCCAGCGCCCAUGUCGCCCAGAGGGAUGUUCCCUGUGAUAACGUCACCAGCUGUCCUAGUGCCACCACCUGCUGUCGGCUGCAGUCAGGAGAUUGGGGCUGUUGUCCCGCCCCAGAGGCUGUAUGCUGCACAGAUGGCGAGCACUGCUGUCCCAAGGGCUACAGGUGCACGGAUGAGGGCGAAUGUGAGAAGGGCAACAGGAUGGUGGCCGGCCUGGAGAAGAGGCCAGCUCUCAGCGACACUGGCUGUGACCAGCACACCAGCUGCCCUGUGGGUCAGACCUGCUGCCCCAGCCUCAGAGGCGGCUGGGCCUGCUGUCAGUUGCCCCACGCUGUGUGCUGUGAGGACCGCCAGCACUGCUGCCCUAACGGCUACACCUGCAAUGUGAAGGCCAGAACCUGUGAGAAGCAGGUGGUUUCACCCUCGCCCCCCGCCACCAACCUGGCCCUCCAACCCCAUGUGGAGGCCGGCAGCGUGAAAUGUGGCGAAGGGCACUUCUGCCAAGACCAGCAGACCUGCUGCAAGGACCGCAGCGGAAACUGGGCCUGCUGCCCCUACCCCCAGGGCACCUGCUGUCCGGAUCAACGCCACUGCUGUCCCUCUGGCUACCGAUGCUCGACCAAGGGUACCAAGUGUGUGCGCAGGAAGAGCUUGCGAUGGGACGUCUUUCCCAGGAUCCACACCGCAAGACAGAUGCUAUGAAGACCCUGCUAGCUAGCCUCGACCCUUCCUUACUCAGAGGCUGCCACUACUCAGGCCUCCCCAGCACCUUCCCCGCAACUCUCCUGGACCCUCCCCACCCUCAUGGGCCCUGGGGUUUCCAUGCAAAGGCCGGCAGGCUCUGACCUCAGUGGAACCUGGCCAGGUGCUGUUCCAUCUCCGUGGUGCGUGCGUGUGGGUGUUUGAGUGAGCCCAAUAAAGUUUGUACACUUUGCUAAG